GGCGUGUUUACAUUGAUUGAUUGGCAGCUUCUUCAGCCAAUCGUAGAGUUAUUGACACGGUGUGAUUGACAGGAGGCAGGCGAUGGUGAAACAAUGUGUGCUUCAUUGCAAAAGGAGAGUUUGGAAGACUGGCCAGAGUUGAAAGAGGGUAAUCAACCGUGCUUGUAAGACGUGAAGUAAUGGGAAGGCGCGCAAACCGUGAAAAACAUUUAUUCUGGGCGUAUUCGCACAAGUUUGGACUGGGAAGUGAGAUUCUCCAGAACACUAGACGUUACUGGAAUAGAGAUGCGGUUGAGAAUGGCUCAAAGGAAACCUGAUAAUGUGGUUGUAAAUCUGGGGACUAUCUAGUAUCCUGAAUUAAACAAGAGGGAUUUGUUCCGAAGCAGAGUUGAUAGGAAUCGCGCUGAAUUAUUAUGGAUGGGAGAGAUUUCGGCCAUCACCGAACAGUACACGUCCCGUCUCCUCUGCUCACCGGCCUGAGCAUGGAGCCGCAUAGAGUCGGCGCUGCAAGCGGAAGGAUCGUCUCCACAGCCGGCCACCUUAGCUCGGCGCUCGGGUCUCACCUUCCCCCGGGGAAGUACCUCUCUUCGCCGGUUUCGGUCCACGGGCAUUCGGGUGAUGCCUACCCCGGUGGCUCAACUCCUUUUCUUGGGGGUUUCGUCGCCAGUGGCCUAGGGACCUCGACUGCACCUCACGGAACCCCUGCUCCUUUGCCCUCUGACCCUUCCUUCCGUGGACCCAACCCCACAAAUAUCCAGAUGGCACAACUCUGGGUGGCACACCCUCACGAAGGUUAUUCACACUUGCCAAGUAGCCUUUAUCCUCCUUAUAUUCCCAUCAGUCACCUUGAGCACCCAAGCACUGGCAGCCCCAUUCUAGCCCAACUCAGCCAACACAGCCUGUUUGACUCUCAGAAAGAUGGAUACUAUUUUCACAGCCAUGCAGGACAGUCAUCCCUUCAUGGCACUGCAAACCCUCAAACUACCAUCCCAAGGACCUCCUCCAGUCACACACCAGGUUCUAUCCUACGAGAGAAGGAAAUAUGCCACCCUCACAAGAAUGCGAAAGAGUCUGAAAGGUAUCUCGGGAAAGAUUCUAAAGAGAAAAUCUACAGAACUGAGGUAAAUGUAAAUGUGGCCAAAAAAGAGAAGGACAAGCCCAGGGAAGAAUCAAGGCCCAGGAGUGUAGUGGAUCUCACACAGGAUGUUCGGACUGAAAACGAUAGGAGGAUACACCUUCUUGAUAAACCCAUCAAGAUUGGUGACCAUCUCUCCACAGUUCUUAGCAAUCACUCUCCCAACCGAGGGACUGGCAAUGGAGAACCAAAGUCUAAAAACCCCCUACAGGCCUUAUCUCUCAGUAAUUGUAACAAUGAUUCCAGUUCUUCAUUAAGGCUUGUGGGCACUGAACAGGACAGAUGCUCCAAAGACUCUAUGAAACACGAUGAGAACAUGAGGCCUGUGCUGCAGUCUCACACGGAAAAGAGCCGGAAGUGUGACUCAGUUGUGACUUCAGUUGGCACUUUGCAUGUCUCGUGUGGCUGUCCAUCACCCCAUUCGUCUCAAACAGCCCGGAUGCCACCUUCCAGCACAUUCCCCCCGCUUCCUGUUCAUUCCAGUAUCUACACGAUAUAUCCCUCUGCCAGGGAGCCAGGAAAGGAACAUAAAGUGAUUGCACCUACCUUUGUGCCUUCAGUUGGGUUUUAUGAGGACAGAAAUGGGCCCAUUCAGAUAGCCUCUCAGGCCAGAGACAAUAAAAGCGACAAAAAUAAAGAGAAAGAUAUCAACAGAACUUCUGUGGACAGAGCAGGCUCUUUACAAGCCUCUUCAGAAAGGACGCUGGUGGAACCUUCCCGGUUAAUGCUGGCACAGGACUUGCCUGUGCAUGCAGAUAUCAAAAGGGUAGAAAACACAAGGGAGGAAGGAUCUGUCAUUAGGUCCAACUCUUUAGCAAUAAAGAGGUCCAUAACUUCAGAACUGUUUUUGAACAAGCCAGGCCUUAGCCCUUCGGAGAGCAGAGACUUGCACACAAGUAAUGCUGCGUCAAAAGACUUGGUGAGAUCAGGUUUUGAAGUCGAUCACAGAACCCAAGAGAGAGAUAGAUUCCAAAGGUCUGUCUUGAAGGACUCUUGUAAAGUGUAUAAUGGGGUAGAUGUUGCAAGGAUGCACUUGGAGCAGUCCCAGCUGAAACGUUCUGGCACUCCGGAGCCAAAAUGGAAGCCCUUUGAAAUGGCGACUUACGCUACCACUCAAAUGGCGGCCUUAGCAGCCCAGCAUAACCACGUGAGCAGAGCCGAGGAGGAACAAAAAAAGGCUUUCCUAGACCCAGCCAGCCUCCAAAGAUCGGCCGUCGUGGGAAAUCCCAGUGAGGUCUCAGCCAUGCAAAGCUUAAUAAAGUACAGUGGUAGCUUUGCUAAGGAGACAGCGGGGCGCGUGGGCAGCGGCAAGAAGAGCCCGUUCGGCGGGCUGGGAAACAUGAAGACUGAUUCCAGCCAGCAUAGUGUUUCCAAGGUGCAGCACUUGCCACUUCAGCAGCUGAACAAACAACUCAAGAGAGAUCCAGAAAGGCCUGAGAGUGCAAAGUCAUUUGGGAGAGAGGGCAGUGGAGCACAGGGCGAGGUGGAAGUGAGGCAUCCACCCGUGGGGAUUGCCGUGGCAGUGGCCCGCCAGAAGGACAACAGUGGCAAGCCUGGUGCCAGUGUGAUGGACAGAGAUCGCUCGCUUUCCAUGAGCAGUGUAAAAGGACAUGGGCGGACAGAUGAAGAGCGAAGCGACGAUCGGCAUCGCCAUCGGGAGGAGCGCCUCAUUGCCCGAGAACAGGAGAAAUUAUUGAGAGAGAGUAAAGAGUUGGCAGAUUUUGCCCGGUUACAUCCUGUGGGCUGCAGCAGCGGUGGUCUGAAUUCAAAUCUGAUGGUGAUGGGAGGCCCAGCUCUGGCUGGAUCUGGGCGCUGGCCUACCGAUCCUACCUCACACCUAGCAUCUCAUCCCUGGCUUCCACGCACAGGUAGUCCCUCCAUGUGGCUGACAGGACAUCCCUAUGGACUGGGUCAUCCAUCAUUACACCAGGGAGUGCCACCAGGAUUUCCCCCCAGCAUACCCAGCUCUAUGCCAUCCACGUACCAAUUUGCAAGAGACCCACAGUCAGGGCAGCUGGUUGUAAUUCCGACAGAACAUUUACCGCACUUUGCUGAAUUAAUGGAAAGAGCCCCUCCUCUGUGGCCUUCGAUGUACCCUCCAACCGGGAGCUCCCUGCAGCACGCCCACCAGCUCCAGUUACUGUCUCACCAGCAGCUCCUCCGCCAGCACGAGCUGUACGUGCUUCAGCAGCAGGCAGCCCACGCCAUGGAACUCCAGCGCAGCGCACAGCUUGUCGAAAGACUGAAAGCAAAUGAGCACAGAAGUGAGGUGGAAGAGAAAGUGUGCAAGAGGACUGCUGAGGGAAACAAACCUGGCAUCGUGACCUCCUCGUCAGGACUAUUACAGAAGAGGCACCCAUCGCACUCCCCAGUGCCGUCCACCUCCUAUCACAAGACAGAUACCCCACCCCCCUCAUCGCACAACUCAUCCCCUAGGUUAAAACUGAAGCCUGAUGUAAGAGCUGACAUGGGGGAGGCCUUGCCCCCACAAGCUUAUCCUUCACCACCUCCAGCCUCCCAUCCUGUCAGCCCUCCCCAUGGGUCACCAACUCCAACUCCAGCUCUGUCCCAGAAGGUGGAGGUAUCCGAAGAGUCGGAGAAGAAAGGCUUGGAGAAAGAAGGUUCAGCUCCUUUCCAAGCCUUAUUCCCUGAAAUUCCUCAAGGAUAUUCUUAUCGGUCCCUCCCAACAUCCUUCAGUAGUCAUUACCCCUACCUCCUACAGCCUACAGCUGCCGCUGAUGCUGAUGGUUUGGCACCAGAUGUACCAUUGCCAGCUGAAUCUUCGGAGCCCAUAACCUGUUCUGAUACUCCAUCCUCACCCGAUGUGAAGCCCAUACACUUGCAUUCCCCAGCAGCACAGGAAGACUUGCCGCCCAGCAUACACACAGAGCCAAUUCAGAUCAAAGUGCAAUGUGAAGAUUUGAUUGACCUCGAGGACAACAAAACUCAGUGUGACCGACACCUUGAGCUGCAAAGCAAACCCAUGCUGUUUGCUGGAGAGGUGGACAGUGAACCAACAGACCUGACCACAGAACCCAAAGCCUCACCUGUUCUAGAGAGCCAAGAGGAUCACCAAAGCUGCCAGUCACCUUACCGGACAAUAGCUUGCACUACCGAGGUGGAGGCCAAGACAGAGCUGCAACAAGUGCAGGCCGGCUCUCCUCUUGGUGACUAUCAAAGCACUACGACACAUUCUGAGGUGGUGGAGUCAAAAGCAGAGGAACUGCCCGAGCAUGACGACUGUUACUUUAAGACCGAGAAGGUGGACAUUGAGAGCACUGGUGAAGAGGGGCUACCGGGCGCUCCUUCGAACACAACGGAGUCUGACUUUGAGCACUUUGAGAUGAAACAGGAAUUGCUGUGUUUUCAGAUCCCUGAUAGUCAUACCCCAGAAAUAAAACCAGAUGAUCCUAUGGCUGGAAUGAAUGCUCUGGUGGCUGCUGCCGAGCUUCCCCAGGCGUGUUCGAUGGCAGUCCAGCCCACCCUGCCCGCUGUUCUCCCAAUGCCUUCUGACUUCAGUGUGGCUGACAGCUCCUCCCUCAUUGGCAUUGCCUUGCUGAGUGAAAUCGCUGAACUUGAACUGGAACGGCGCAAAACAAGUGAGAUCAGUAGACGCCCUGAAGGAGGAGGGACCCACUCGGACUUAGAAAGCCUUCUUGCUGCUAGCACACAAGCAUUGUUGAUGGAUUCCAUGCCUUUGCUUGGAAUCGAAGUUCUUGGAGAUACCAAGAGUGGGCCAGUGACCAUCAGGCUCCCCCGGGAGCUAAAUCCAAACAAAAGAUACAGCUGGAUGCAGAAGAAGGAUGAACCUAUGUUCUCCAUUAAGUCUGCCAUUGAGGGAAUGGAUGCUAUGGAGCUGGAUUACAGGAUGAAGCUGGCAGAACUUCAGAGGAGAUACAAGGAGAAACAAAGGGAACUGGCCAAGCUCCAGAAGAGAAGGGACUCUGAAGAAAAACGGGAUGAGAAAAGUAGGAGUUUAUCACGGAGAGGACCCGGAAGGCCACGAAAGAGAAAGCAUGGCUCAAGUGCUCCAUCACCGCAUGUUGAUAGAGGGAGAAGUGACAGCAAGAGUGGGAAGCAUGGCAAGGGCUUCUUGCUGUCAGAUGAGAUGGAGAUGGGCGAUGGAGCCAGAAAGAAGGCUAGGACUGUGAACCAGGAUGAAGAGGAUGAGACAGAAAGUGUGAGUGUCAAAGUGAAAAGGAGAAACCGAAUGUGGGACGAACAGGAUGCAUCUUCAAGCUUUUCACAUGAGAGUCACGGCCAGAUUAAGUUCAAGAAGAAGAGGAAGGUCAGUGAACAGGAUCAACUGGCAACCAAGCUGCACCAAACCCUCUCGCUAACUAAAUUAAAGUCACCCUUUAAGUUUGCAGAUGGCUCGACAGGGAAACAGAAAUGCAGCACGACAGACAGCUGUAGGCACCUGGUAUCUCAUGAAGACUUUUUGGGGAAGGAUGGAAGGAAGAUAUUGCAUAAGAGCCUUGGUGGCUCACCAAGCAUGCUCUCUUCCAAAGAAAGUAAAAACAAAAUGGCGGCCAAAGGCAGGAAGUUGGAGUCAAGUUCAAAGAUCAAGGGUAGGCUGAAGGCAUCCCAUUCUCCAGCGAGGUCUGAGGUCAGCAGUUACUCCUACAAUACUGACACAGAGGAUGAGGAUGAGGAGGAGUUGGGAAAGAAUGAAUGGCCACUGCAGUCCACCUCAAGUAUGUCUGAGCGAUCGGGCUCCAAGCAGAAGGCACCCGCUUUCUAUGGCAUAAUAUCAAAGAAAAGCAAGGCUUCACUGGGCACAAAGCAGGCCAAAAGACUUGCUUCUGCCACCGGAACUGUGCGAUCACAGCGAGCGACAGACAAGAAAAAAGUGAAGCACUUUGCCUUGCUGCUGGAGGAAGCUGAGGCUGGAUCCUCCUUCACUGACAGUUCGGAGGACUCAUUCAAUCAAGAUUACACCUCUGAAGAAGAGGAUUAUAGGAAUGACUGCAGUGAUGGUCUUUCCUCUCCUGCCUUGGACGAGAGUGGCCUUGGUUUACUAGCCAGGUUUGCGGCUAGUGCCAUGCCAAGCCCGAUAAUGACGCCACCAUUAUCCAUUGUACAGCUGGAGGCAAAACAAAAAGCUAAAAAGAAAGAAGAAAGGCAAAGUUUAAUGGGCACAGAAUUUGAAUACACAGACUCUGAAAGUGACAUCAAAAUUAAACAGAAGUCUGCUGCUUUGCCACGGGCAAAGAAAUCUUUUCAGGAGCAAGGGAGCAGCAUGGGCGAACAGCAGAGUCAGGACAAGCAGCGGGGGGUUGAGAAAGGGAAAAAGGAAAAGAAGGCCAAGCAGAAAUCGCCCCGGGAGUUCACUUUUGACUUUGGCCCUGAAGCCAGCGAUGACGACUUGUGGAACAGGCGACGGAGUGAGAGGAUUUUCCUCAAUGAUGCUUCUGCCUGCGCUGUUCUCUCACCGACGACCCCUUCGAGCACCGCCCCCACUAUUAAAACCAGUCGAUGCAUUAAGAGCUCAGCGGUGAGUCCGAAGAAGGAUGCAUCCAAAGCAAAGGACAAGAGAAAGAAGGGUAAAGAACCACAGUCCCCUGGCUUAGCCUCAGUCCAGACGGCCAGUAACCUGCCUGAACCCAGGGUCGGCCUCCUCCGCACCACAAGUCCCUGCAAAAAGAGCAAAGGCAAAGUGAAAGGAAAGGAUGGGAAAAAAGAGGUGCGCUCCAAGGGAGGUGCUGUCAGUAAGCUCAUGGAGAGCAUGGCAGCUGAUGAGGACUUCGAGCAGAAUCAAGACAGCAGCUUCUCUGAGGAUGAGAACCUACCACUGAGCAUGCUCAUUGAAAGGCCCACAACACCAGCUCCUCGCUCAUGUGUGAUUGACAAGGAUGAGCUCAAGGAUGGCCUUCGCGUGCUGAUUCCAAUGGACGACAAGCUGCUUUAUGCUGGCUAUGUGAAAACUGUUCAUUCUCCUGAUAUAUACCGUGUGGUUGUAGAGGGAGAGAGGGGAAAUCGUCCUCACAUCUAUUCAUUGGAACAACUUUUACAGGAAGCGAUCAUUGAUGUUAAACCCUCCUCUGUGAGGUUACUGCCUGAAGGUACUCGUAUCGCUGCAUAUUGGAGUCAACAAUAUCGCUGUCUCUACCCAGGAACUGUUGUCAGAGGCAGUCCAGACCCGGAUGAAGAUGAGGAUUUGAUUACAGUGGAGUUUGAUGAUGGGGACACUGGGCGGAUCCCCAUUUCUCACAUCCGCCUCCUACCUCCAGAUUAUAAGAUUCAAUUGUCUGAUUCAGAGACUGGCUUCCUCUUAACAGGUGCUGAGCCAUCGCCUGCCCUGCUGGUGCCCAACACCAAACGGCAGAGCAGAAAGUCCAGCAAAGAUUCCACAGAGAGCAAGGAGGCCAGCACUCAGAGUUGCAACACCGCUGCAUCCAAAAACAAAGGGCGUGGACGGAAAACCUCCACCAAAGGCAAAACCGGAGCAGACUCAGUUUCAGAGCAGGCUGAGAAUACUGGUCUGAUGGAAAGCCAGGGCGCUGCAGAGAGCCAAAGCAAGCAGGUUGGCAAACCAUCGAGGAAGUGUCUUCAGAAGAGGAGUGCCAGUGGAGUUUCGCGCAAAAGCAUGAGGGAGAAGAAGAAGAAAGUGACCAAAGGAAAGGCCAAUCCAAAGCAAGGCACACAGCAACCUUCGGCUUUACCCUCACCCGUUUUCGGGAAUGCUCUUGGCACAGAAACGUACAGUGACCUGCCUGCUUCAUCAGACUCAUUCAUCACUUCCGAGACGGCUGGAGUGAAAGUGAAGACAAAGAAGGGAAAAAAGGCAGAGGAGGAAGCUCAGGAGUUUGCGGCGGUUGGGAAGGGACUGAGGAAACAGUUGGAGGCUGAGAUUCUCAUUAAGCUUGACCACGAAGGGGUGAUGUCACCGAAGACAAAGAAGACCAAAGCAAUGAUGAUGGAAGACCAACACUUAACAAGUAAGGUGGACAGCAAAGCUUUGCUGAACUUACCUUAUCCAGCAGCAACAGCAAGCAGCGAUGCCAAGCAGAAACUCUCAAAGACUAAGGCUGCAAAGAAAGAGGCAAGCAUUGGGGCUACUUACUCUAGUGGGACGUACGGCAGCAGUUCUGAUGUUCUAACCAAAAUGAAGAGCAAAGAGAAGGAAGAUGGUGAAAGCAGUGCGAGCAGUAGCAGCAGUAGUAGCAGCAGCAGCCUGGAAUCUGAUGUUGAGGACGAUCAACAGAACAAUACAGGAGAGGCUCAGGGAAACAGCAGCACAACAAGCUCCAGAGCGUCAUCACCUGUGUCUUCAUCAUCUCAGUCCUCAUCUUCCAGUUCCUCCUCCUCUUCCUCUUCCUCCUCCAGCUCUUCCUCCUCCUCCUCAACCACCGACGAAGACUCUUCCUGCAGCUCCGACGAGGAGUCCAGCUAUCAGUCCGCCCCGGCGCCCAGCGUCCCCUCAGGCCAGCAGGCAAUGGCCAGUCCAUUGCCGGAACCAGAGGCCCAGUGCGCUCCCCAGCAGCCCGCCCAGAAGCAGAAGAAGCAACAGAGCAACAGCAAGAGCAAGGCUAAGAAGCGAGAUGGCAUCCACCUGCCAACAACAAAGGAGCUCGCCAAGCGCCAGCGGUUGCCAUCGGUGGAAAACCGGCCCAAGAUCGCUGCCUUCCUGCCAGCCAGACAACUCUGGAAGUGGUUUGGGAAGCCUACUCAAAGGAGAGGAAUGAAGGGAAAAGCCAAGAAACUCUUCUACAAGGCUAUUGUCAGGGGCAAAGAAAUAAUUCGUCUUGGAGACUGCGCUGUCUUUCUCUCUGCUGGACGCCCCAACUUGCCUUAUAUCGGUAGAAUUCAGAGUAUGUGGGAGUCCUGGGGUAACAACAUGGUGGUACGAGUGAAAUGGUUCUACCACCCAGAAGAGACCAACCUGGGCAAGAAACUUAACGAUGGGAAGCGCGCCUUGUACCAGUCUUCACAUAUUGAUGAAAAUGAUGUGCAGACGAUCUCCCACAAGUGCCAGGUGGUCAACCUUGACCAGUAUGAGCAGAUGGUCAAGACCAAGAAAUACCAAGACAGUGAAGACUUGUACCACUUGGCAGGAACCUAUGAACCAACAACAGGCAUGAUUUUCAACACGGAUGGCGUGCCCAUCAUUUGCUAGACUAGUAACAAUGGUGAAAUGCCAACCGGGGUCUAAGGCCUUUCAAAGACAAGAGUCUAAGUGUAGAGAGAACAAAGCAUUGAACUAAACCAGGAAAUAUAUGGCUAAAAUGGCCUUCUCACUUUUCUUGGGUAGCUUUUGUUUCUCAAGAGCAGGACUUCUGCAGUGCCUUCCAGUUCAGAGGAAGUUAGCUGACCUGCAAUCACAGCCAGCCAGACUCCCCAAAGGCACGGGCAAAGCAUGCUUUAUGCACUUAAUAUGUAUGAAGAGGAUGGCAUUAUUUCUGUGUGUGGUCUGCAUUAUCUUUGGUCAGUGCUGUCUGCGUGGCAUGUUAAUGGCUACUCCAUAUUGAGCAGCACCAUGCCUAUGUAAGAAAGGCCAAUAAACUCUGUUUCAAAUCAGGCCAGAGAUGGACGUUGAGCAUGUCGAUAAAAGUGAAACAAAAGUUUUAGAAGAGAUACUAUAUUAGUGUAUUUUUCUACAGCACAGAUUGCUUCCUCUCAAACCUAACUGUGUUCAGUUGGGACAAGGGAAGUACUUUAAUGUACAGUUUCAAAUUGGUCUACGAAUGUCGUGUAUCAAAUAUCCAAUUGAAGUCUUUUCUAAGGACUGUGAAAUAUGACCUAUUAAAGAGAUAGGAGGGGGUUAAGCUCUAUUUAUAGCUUGUGAGAUCAAUGAACUCUUCUAGAUGGACUAAUGUAAAUUCACAGUGAACUCGAGCAGUAUUUUGCCUAGAUGGCGACUAAAUAAGAAAACUAUAGUGUUGAUGGAAAGCACUUAUUCACUGCCGAAUGCCUUCUAUGGAGAGCUGAUUGCUGACAAUCGAGAAUGAGGAGGGAGAUUUUCACAUUGUUUUUAUGUACAUAGAUACUUAUAUGUGUUGUACAGUCAAUUACAACAAACCUUUGAAUGCCACUUGCAGUUCACUCCAUAUUGGUAUCAACUGCAGAGAUUCAUGUAAGGCCUCUUACGCAGAGAAAAUGCGAACCACUUGCACUUGAAUCCACGUCAGUGGAACGACAGUAUACACUCUUUGUUGCAAUGGAGCCUAAGGCAUGUGUUUCCCACAAUGCAUCAUGCUACUGAGCAUGCUUAAUAGACACAGCUGAUAUUAAAGCCCAGCACCAAUUGAAAAUUCAUCAGAUCUCUCGUGGAGAUUUAUCUUUGGCUCAUAGCUAAUUACCUUUUAAAACCGAUACAUCUGAAACUAAAUAUUAUGGGAGCUUGUAUCAAAUAAAAUCAGCAAAUAUCAAAUGCACCAAAAGUAUGCCUGUUGAACAAAUUACUCCAUAUCGGGAGUUACGUUUAAAAGUCACUCGAGUUUGACUAUAAAUUAAUCGUGUUUUAUUUUUCUGGGCUUCUAAGUGCAUUAAAAAUAAGUUUUAAAGAAAUUUACAGUGAAGAUUCUUUUAACAAAUAAAACAUUUUAAAGAGCAAUUUUAGCCCUUUGUUUAAAACAAAUCAAGUGAUUUCACCAUUUUUAUUUUACCAAUAAUUUCUCUAAAUUAAUUCUUCAAAAAUACAUUGUUUUUUGAACUGAACAUUCAAUUGUGAUGCUACCUUGAAGCAAAAAUUUAGUGUGAUGCUCUUUUAAUGUAAAAAAAUGUUCAAAGUGACAAUGGCAGGAGGCAGCAAACAGGCAAAGUGUACUUGAACCUCUGCACUUUCCACCUGUCAAAGAAGAGCAGAAUGUGUCAAAGGUCCUGGAACAUGAAGGGUUUUCAAUCAUAUUGUUUAAGGCAGACAGUUUUUACUGAAUGUAGUGCACACUUGUCACUAUAGCGACCGGUUUGUGUAGUGAGAUUGCCAUCAUGCUUAACCGCAUUUUAAUUAACCUCUAGAUUCCCCAGAAGCUGCAAUUACAAUGUUAAUUAACACUGUUGGGUUGGUAUUCCGCUGCAGCUCCUUUGUGGCAUAUCCCUUUUUCUGUUUGAGCUCGUCAAUGUUUUGCACCUCAAGUGGGAUUGUAGAAAUGAAAUGCACAUAGAAUGUAUAAAAUUAACAAAGACUUCAGAAAAGUAUAUUUUUAAAUUGGGGGAAAUAAUUAAUAAAAAUAUUGAUCAGGCAGAGUCACAAAGAAACAAAAGAGGAAAUGUGAUUGAAAUUUGACUUUGGUAGCAUCAUAAAGUCAAAAACACUGUCUGUGGAGCCAGUGUAUAACAGACAGCAGAUACAAAGCCACCCAUGUUGAAUUACUGGCCCAAUACCUAAUUAAAGACUUUAUUGGUCACUGGAGGGAUCGAUGAGGAUUGUUUCAAAGCAUAUGCGGGUAGCUACUUUAUUAGUCAGUGAAUAGUCUGUUUAAGUUUGAGCUCCCCAGUUCACCUUAUAAAAAAUAAUUACAUUUUUUUAUAAAAAGAAUUAGAAAUACUAAGGGAAACUAAAAGUUCAGUGUUCCGUGUUGUCAAUGUGCAUACAAUGACAUCAUGAUUUCAAAGACCAUUUUGCGAAGGUCUUACAGCAAAUAUUGAAUGUCUAUAUUUUUAAAAUUUCAUCUGGUCUUCUUUAUAAGCUUUAAAUCACCACACAGUUUGUUAUUUUAUUGACAUCACUGGGCAGAUUGCCUGAGAUAAGUGACCAUAAAUGGAUUACCCUAAAGCGGGUGAAGAACACCGUAGAACUGGAGAUGGAACUGCCCACCGAUGUGGUCAGAAGUGCUCAGGGGUACAGAGGGUGGGGUCUUCCUACUGCAUCUGCCGAUGGCACAUUCAACUGGAGAAAUACCUGGUUGGUGGUAAGGGGACAAAAUACCUUCAGCUGAAUUCAGAUCUGAUGACACUUGCACGCAUUUUUGUGAUGAUUGAGUUAUUCUAAGGCAACUUCGGUCUCAGUAAUGUCUAGGGUAGCGUACUUUAAGAAAAUAGUUUAAAAACGAUGACACUUUAACUCCCUCCUGUUAAUCAGUAAGUAAUCUGUAAUGAAUUCCUGCUAUAAUAUGGAGGAUUGUAUUCAUGUUUGUAAAAAGCCACUAAUUUUUUAAAAAGAGGAUUGUAACAAUGAAAUCACUACCUGUUCCUAAUUUUGCUUAUCCUCGUCCACACAUACCCCUUAUUAAAGUAAACAAGCUCCUCGGUUCUAAACGUGCAAUACUGUUGACUGACCGGAUUCUCUAAAGUAGCUGCUAGUGGAUGAUAAAAGAUUUUUUGUAAUUUUGAUUACCAUGAAAAUAGACAGACAUAAGCAGGCAGGAGGCUGGUCCAUCCAUGAGUCCUUGCUUUGUGGAAUUCCUUCAACAGUCAGUGUGUUCCUGUUAUGUGUAAAACAGUUUAAGAACAGUUAAGGGGUUUAAAAAAUUAUUUUGGAAAUUAAAAAAAGCAUCAAACCAUUUUGUAAAUGAGCUGUGGGGGGUGGGGGUGGGCAGUGGGCAGCGGUGGGCACAUCAUGUUUGAUUCUGUUUGUAUAAACAUUUAAUCUUGCGUUUGAAAGGGGGAAACACUGAUAGUGUAUAAAACUCAUGUGGAACUUUUUAUUGAAACGUCAGAGUUUUACAAAGUGUUCCUUUUGAAGCAUUUUAGUAACUCAGAUUUUUAUACUUUAUUCAUCAAUAAACAGAAUAUAAAAAUAA